CCAAUGGAUGAGGAGAGUGGUACGGGAAGACUGGAAAGAUUGCUGAUUAUCAGGUGUCGUUGAAUGAUAUGCAAUUAAUUUGCAUAUCAUAUGUAUGUCAUAUGGGUGGCACAGUGGUGCAGUGGUUAGCGGUGUCUCCUCAUGGUUCGAACCGGCUGGCAGGCCCCUCUGUGUGGAGUUUCCUCGUGUUUUCUACGACUUUAAUGUCAAGCUAUUCCUUUAAAGUUACAAUCUUUUCGGCGGCUGCCAUGGCAAUAAGCGGUGAUUGCAACUUUCACGUUUUUAGAUCCCCCUUCGCAGAGACCUGGGAUAUUUCUGUGUUUCUAUAAUAAUUGAAUUGGUAACAUUCACCAUAAUUCUUCUGAUUCCAAUGUGCCCAAUGUGCAACUACAAUAGCACGUAGCCUACAGUCUGGUCUGUUCUACUCUGGUUGUAGCUUGUAUAAGUUGAAGGCCUCCUCCUGCUGCAGCCUUUAUUAUCAUUAUUAAUCAGGUCAGAUUUGAGGAGCCUCCAACCUCUUGUCGUCCCUCUUUUUUUCUGAAGGGCCACUCCACCGGCAGGGGAUGAUCACGGCAUGAGUCCUGAAAUCGUGUGCCAGUUCUUGUUAGCACCUGACGUAUACCUAAUGUCUGAUCUAGCUCCAGUGAUUUAACCUUGUGAUUACUUAGUGUUUUAUUUUGGUUAUAUAUAGCUUCUUAAGCAUAGAUUAAACAGUAGAUUAGGGAAUGGGGGAAUCGAUUAGGAGAGUAAGGAGGGCAGGUUCCUGUUCUCUUGUUACAAGUUUAAGCUCUGAGAAAAUAUAGUUCACAAAAAAGAACAAGACAGGUUUCUGUAUUUGUCUCUAAACAAUUUAACACAUCCGAGACGUCUUGUCAGAAACUUCAAAUGCCCUUUUUUCAUCACACUUCUUUUGUUGGAUGUUGAUUCUGUGUAUACCCCAUUCUCUUGUACCAAUUAUGAAAACAGAUUUAGAUCUCAGAUUAUCCUGGUUAAAUAAAAGCUUCCUGUAUGUUGGGAAUGUUUUUGCAGGGCCCCAGACCUGACAUUUGACAAGGAAAAGAUGCCAUCUCACUGGCUCUGUUUGCACUUAAUACUUAGAAGUUCUGGUUUCAGUAAAAGUGGGAAUUAAGACCCCUGAAAUAAUAAUUGGUAAGAAACGAGUGCAACUGUCCGUUCUUUUCGCCUGGUGGAAUAACUAUUAAUAUUUCCAGAACGGACAUCACGGCACGACUCUGACAGUCAGUUUGUAGGGAGCGAGCAGAACUACAUAACAGUUCCUGUGCAAUAAAAGUGUGGCCACGACGUGCGUGCGUCGGUGUGAACCCUCGCUGUGCGGCGUCGGUGUUGGAGAGCGCAUCAGUCACACACAGCAUGGCGUAGGUGGACGACAGCGGACGGAUAAAAACACAUCGAUAUGAAGAAAUCCCCAGCUGUCAGCGGCAGAAACCUGAAUAGGUGGCAGAGACCCUCGACAGCUCGCCUCGCUCGCUAAUCGCCUCUCAGCCGACAGCGCGUUCGCCUCGUGCGCGUAAAGCCAGGAGGAGUGCGGCGGAUCCGAUCAGUCAUCGGGAUUGGACUCGUCCGGGCUGAUUCAGGAGCGGGGGACGUGCGUCCUGGUUUUUUAGGCUGGACCGACCGAGUUGGAUAUAAUGACCCUUUGUUGGAUUUGAUAAACUCAGUUUGGAAGCCGCUGUAAAGACUGACACUGAUAACAAGCAGCAUGUUGCCAGAAAUCAAUAACAAGACGUCACGACCGGAGGCCUUCCCUCACCCUCACAAACUCCCAGCAGAAAGCAACCGUCUUGGAACAAACAGACCCUGCUCACAGUUUGGCCCUGGUGUAGGGACGCUGCCUCAGCUUGAUCCACCGGUGGUCCAGGUGGUGGUCAGCAAUGCCAAAAACCAACACCAGCAGUCGGAUAACAUCCUGCCCCAAAUUGCCAACAAAGGGGGCCAAAAAAACUACCAGACACACCCGGAUGAGAGGCCGAAGCCCACCCAGCAGUUCAGUAUGCGUAUUGGUGCAGCAAUGGAUAAAGUGUCUGUCUCCCGCAACAGCAAGAUUUUCAGCAACAAGCUGGAGAAAGAGAAGGCAUAUGAGGGACAGAAGUUACCCAUGUCCCACAUAGAGGCACUGAAGAACUUCCAGGACCGGCUGACGGAGUUUGAGCAGGAGGAGGUCAUGGACUACGCAGAGAUCUGGUUCCUCGGUCUGGGGUCACAGAAGAUCGAGGGUUCCCAAGGCACACCGCAGAACUCUGGAUAUGAUGACGAGCAUGGAAGCUACGUCAGGGUGCUGCAUGACCAUAUUGGAUACAGGUUUGAAGUGCUUGAAGUGAUUGGGAAAGGCUCCUUUGGGCAGGUCCUGAAAUGCCUGGACCACAAGAACAAUGAACUCGUAGCCAUUAAGAUGAUACGCAAUAAGAAAAGGUUUCAUCACCAAGCUCUGGUUGAGCUGAAGAUCCUGGAUGUGAUAAAAAGGAAAGACAAAGACAAUCUCCACAACGUCAUCCACAUGAAGGAGUACUUUUACUUCCGAAAUCACCUCUGCAUCUCCUUUGAGCUUCUCGGAGUGAACUUGUACGAGCUCAUCAAAAAAAACAACUUCCAGGGCUUCAGUAUCGCUCUCAUCCGUCGGUUCACCCAUGCUCUUCUCAGGUGUCUGCAGAUGCUGCACAGGGAAAAGAUAAUCCACUGCGACCUCAAACCGGAGAACAUUCUUCUGUCUCAGAGAGGGCCAGGGAACAUCAAGGUGGUUGACUUUGGAUCGAGUUGUUAUGAACAACAAAGAGUGUACACCUACAUCCAGAGUCGCUUCUACCGCUCCCCAGAGGUCAUCCUGGGUCACCCAUACAGCAUGGCCAUUGACAUGUGGAGUCUGGGUUGCAUCCUUGCUGAACUCUACACAGGCUAUCCUAUCUUCCCAGGGGAGAGCGAAGUGGAGCAGAUAGCCUGCAUAAUGGAGGUUCUAGGGAUGCCUCCAAAUGAUUUUGUUCAGUCUGCUGCGAGGAGGAGGCUGUUCUUUGACUCAAAAGGAAACCCCAGGAACAUCACCAAUAGUAAGGGGAAGAAGAGGAGACCCAACUCCAAGGAGCUGUCAGCUACGUUGAAAACAAAUGACGCUUUGUUCUUAGACUUCAUCAAACGCUGCCUCACUUGGGACCCAACUAAACGUAUGACUCCAGAUGAGGGGCUGCAGCACCAGUGGAUCCUGGAGGGAAAUUUCAACAAAGUUCGGCCAAGAACAAAGCCAACAGUUAAGAAGGUCUCAGACAGUUCUACCAGCAAGGCUGCGGAGAAGGAUGGCUCAGAAAGCAGCGCCACUGUCAAGCUGAAGAGAGACUGCACAGCAACAGCAACAAAGAUGGCCCCCGCCGAGCGUCUGCGGCCCAUUGGGGCCUCAGCGGAGGAGGAGGUGUGUGAGUAUGAGGGGAAGCUGUCCACGGAGACCACGCAGCAAGAAGGAGGUGGAGAGAGGCCCCUUCACAUCAUCAUCAAGCCUCAAGAGGAAGUGGGCACAGAGAGAAAAGAUGGCCAAGAGCUGUCUCAGUGUUUGCCCCCUAUCAUAUAACAGUCAAAGGGAAUCGUGCUGCGUUUACCACAUGUGGGAACUCUUGUUUAGGCUCAGUGUCCCACUCCCCACCGGACAGGGGUUGAGUUGGUGGAAGUAAGUAACAGCUAAGAGAAAUUUGGAUUUGUUUGGCCCUGCACACACAGAAAAUAUAGAGAUCCUUUAAAUCCAUUUACUACAAACACUUCCAUUUAGCUCCUGUGUCUACAUGACGUCACAAAACGGCAUUUUAGAGACGUCCGAGCCAGAAUAAAGUCUCGGUUUCUGAGUUUCAAGUCGGAAAGAAGUGGAUGUUUUCAUCUGAAAGGCAGGAAGCAAACCAGUUCCCACAUGCCGUGAGCAAAAUAUAGAUGUAUGGAGGGGACACGAUGUUCAACAGCAAAGAGGGACAUCCUCUAUUUAUUGUUUUAAGUAUACAGUCCUAGUGUAUUCUUUUAUUCUGUGAAACUUUGAGUCUGUAUGACCGUGAAGUCAGUCAACCAGUUGUACUUUUUUUAUACACUUACGGUGCAGUUGGAGGCACUUUGUUUAUGUGUCACAAUUGAGAUAUCAAGCUGUCUGCCAGGUUGUUCAGGUUAUACCAUAACGCUUUUACUUUUCUCAGUUUCCAUGUUAAGAAACAAAGGCGUAGACACUGCAUGGUUAUAAAAUAUCAAAUGUUUGUUUUUUCAUUUUAUUCUUUUUUUUCUUUUACACAUUUAGCAGAACUUUCAUAACGGUAAACUAUUUUAAGAAGUGUGCAAUCAAGGCUGAGCCAAAAUAUGUUUUUUUAAAUCAUGUUAAAGAAAUAAUUGUCAUAUGCAGUUGUAGAAUGCAGUUGAUGACAUAUUGAUUAUUAAUGAUUUCACGUAUUUAUUACAGAAUUUGUUUGAUCCUAUGUUUCGAAUUUGUUUAACAAUUUAAUUCAAUAAUCAUAAAAUAUGUAAUUGUAAGUGAAGUCAUUGUAUAUAUUUCUGCUGUAAUUUACUGUGUAUGUGUAAUACAGAACACAUGUUAAGAAAAUAUUUUGGAUAUUUGUUGAGAGUUUAGACAAGGUUUUACUUGUUGUGUUGUUACUGUAUGAACAUAUUUUGUAUGUCUGUUAUUCAUAAAACAUUUUAUAUUAGAAACAAAAAGACAAUCCAGUCAUUGAUAGUUUGUGCCUUGCAGUAUUAGAAGUCUUGCACUUUACUAUUGUGUGUGUGUACCUGGAUUAGAAACCGUUGGAUUCUUACCUGUCAACAAGGGUUCAGACUACUCUGCCAGUAUCCCUUUUAUUUGACAAAAUUAUGUAUUGUCUAAUGUUAAAGAACAUACCAUCUUUUUACAAUGGAUUUAUGUCUUAAGUCGCCAACAGAGAUUCAAUUUACAUUUAUUUUAUUCAAAAUGUAAUCUAUUAGCUUAGCAACGAGAUCCCAAGAGAGUGGAUUGCAGCCGAAAUAGAAACGUUAUGUUAUAUUCAUAAACAUUUGGAUGUCUCCUUGUCUUUUAUGAUGAAAUAAAAGGUUGUUUUAAAGA